GAUGAAAUUAUACCUUUGGACGAGAUGUUUGAAGCUUACUGUGAAAUGGAUCCUCUUUCAAAUUCAAUGGGAAAAAAUCUACUGCCAUUAUCACAAAGUGACAAGUGGUUAUCGAAAGCAAGAAUUCUGGAUAUGAAUAAAUUAACCACAACUGACACUGGUUUGUGUUUCUUUAAAUUUCGAAAAAGAGCAUUAAAUUUUGAAGAAUAUCUUUCAUAUUUAGAAGAUUUGGCUAAUACGAAAACUCUCGAUUUAGAAGAUAUGAAAUAUAAGAUGCAAACUGUCAGGGAACCAUUAAUACUUGAAAAGAGAAGAAAAGGCGAAAAGAAUAAGGCAAACUAAUAAUUUUUAAAUUCUAUAUACAAUUUUAUUUUCAUUUUAUUUUCAAUAGAAUAAUUUUUAAAAGACACUCUUGAAUUUUCUUUUUACAAAUUUCACUUUCGUUUUUAUCCCACUAUCUUUAAAUUUGUCGUGAAUAAAUAAUUUAAUAAACAAUCACGAUUUAAUUUUUAAAAACAAAUAUUUAAAUUUUUAAAUAUUGUUAGAAACAAAAACAUCCAAAUUAAAUAACUAUUGAAGUUUCAUACAAUGCUUAUUUGAUAUCACGAAAAUAUUCGCGGGUAACAAUAAAUAUACAAUUAUCACAAAAAAAAA